UCUCCCCUUCUCGCCCCCCACAGAAUGAGCGGGGACAGCUCCUCCGAUGGAAGCCCGGAGGAAGGGUCUCAAUGUCAGGGAGAAGAUGCUUUCAAGGAUAUAGCCACAUACUUUUCCAAGAAGCAGUGGGCAAAGCUGAAAGAAUGGGAGAAAAUCCGGCUUAAGAAUAUAAAGCGGAACUAUGAGGCAAUGAUUAAAAUAGGACUCAGCGCUUCUCGCCCAGCUUUCAUGUGUCGUGGCAGGCAAAAUAAGAAAGCCAAAGUGGAGGAAUCUGGAGAUUCUGAUGAAGAAUGGAUACCUAAGCAGCUAGUGAAAACCCUGCGGUUCCCAUCAAGAACAAAACAGAGGGCACAGCCAAGGAAUAAGGCCAAAAAACCAGCUGACCCCAAGGCAGAGGGAAUGAUGGAUUUAUCUGAGGAACUGAAGACAGUAGUCAUGAAUAACCUGACCAUCUCAGAGGAAGUCAAGAAACAGAUGGGCCAGAUGGAUGGAAUCUGUACCAGUAACCAACUGACAGAGGGAAAACUAGAUUGCAGAAGAAAGGAUGUUGAAGUUCAUAUUUAUAGCUUGCGGGAACGAAAGUAUCAGAUGUACCAAGAAAUGUGGGACCCUCAAGAUGAUGACUAUCUGUUCUGUGAGGAGUGUCAGAUCUUCUUCCUGGAUACCUGUCCCGUUCAUGGGCCCCCAACAUUUGUCCAGGAUAGUGCCAUGGUCAAGGGGCACCCUUACUGCUCAGCCAUCACCUUGCCACCUGGGCUAAGAAUUGGGCUUUCAGGAAUCCCUGGUGCAGGACUUGGUGUAUGGAAUGAAGCCUCAAUUCUACCACUGGGUCUGCACUUUGGGCCCUAUAAAGGGAAGAUGACAGAGGAUGAUGAGGCUGCCAACAGUGGAUACUCAUGGAUGAUCACCAAGGGGAGAAACUGUUAUGAGUAUGUGGAUGGGAAAGAGGAAUCUUGCUCCAACUGGAUGAGGUAUGUGAACUGUGCGCGAGAUGAAGAGGAGCAGAACUUGGUGGCUUUCCAGUACCACAGACAGAUCUUUUACCGAACCUGCCGUGCCAUCAGGCCUGGCUGUGAACUCCUUGUCUGGUACGGGGAUGAGUAUGGUCAAGAACUGGGCAUCAAGUGGGGAAGCAAGUGGAAAAGGCCUCUCACAGAACCCACAGAUGGGGAAACUGAGGCUCAAGGAGGUAAAAGCCAGAGAGCCAAGACUCAAACGCAAGUCUUUUGAUUCUGAGGACUUCUAAAUGCUUUUUUGUUGUAGCACUUCGGUUCAGAAAGCUCCUAUUAAACAUUACAUGGAAUUCUCCUGCAA